CAUAAUUCUCAAGCUACUCUCACGAACAGACAUCCCUUUAUCACAUCUAAACCUACAAAGGGUUCGAAAAAUUACAGAGAAACGCAUAACGACCUCUCGUUUCGGUGCCCUCAUCCUUCUCAUCACACACUCGAGGGAUCCAGGAGAAUAGAUAUAUCAGCAUAGACAACAGCGCAUUUCUUCCUCGAACCAUGUCUCAACCAGCUCAGGAUUCGGCUUCGGCUGCUACCAACGGCUCGGCCUCUGCUGCCGCCAAGCACUCGGCUACUCAGAUCGGGUUCCAAUUCGUCAACCAGUACUACACUUACCUGAACAGCUCGACCGAGAAGCUGCAUAGGUUUUACACCAAGAGGUCUACUUUCUGUCAUGCUACCGAGGGAGACAUCGAUCCGCCCGAGUACUACGGCCAACAGGACAUUCACAACAAGAUCAUGUCCCUCGGAUUCCGCGACCCCAAAGCCUUUGUCCACCACAUCUCUGCUCAAUCAUCUGAAGCUGGCGGGAUCCUGAUUCAGGUCAUCGGCGAGAUGCAGAACGGAGACGACGCCCCCUGGAAAAAGUUUACCCAGACCUUCUUUUUGGCGGAACAGCCUAACGGGUAUUUCGUCCUGAACGACAUUUUCAUGUACUUGAAGGAGGAGAACGAGUUUGAGGAGGAUGAGCCGGUGCAAGAUGAGGAGCAUGGGGAUGUUGUCGAUGCCGAGGAGAGCAAGCCGGUCGAGGAGGUCGCCGCCAAGGAGGAAGCGCCUGUCGCCGAGGAAAAGGAGGUCGAGGCAGCGCCCGCCCCCGUCGAGGAGAAGAAGGAGGAGGUCGCCCCCGCUCAGCCUGAAGAGGUCAAGCAGGACGAACCCGCUCCUACCCCCGCCCCCGCUGCCGAGAAGGAGGAACCCGUCGAGGCUGCCCCGGCUGCUGUGGAAGAGGAAAAGGCAGAGACCGCUCCGGAACCUCCUGUUAGCGAGCCUGCCGAGACUCCCAAGGCUGAACAGCCCGUGGAAAGGGUCGAGCAGAAGAAGGAGCCCGAGCAGCCCAAGCCUCAACAGCAACAACAGCCGGCCAAGCCCGCUGCCGCCCCAGCUCCUCCUAAGCCUACCGGACCUCCUCCUCCCAAGACCUGGGCUUCGCUUGCCGCUCAGGGAUCCAAGGGAGCUUGGGGCAACUCGCUCGCCAGCAAGGAAGCCGCUAGUACGAGCGCUGCCGCUCAACAACCCGCUCAGACCCCCGCCGCUGCCCAGCCUGCUAAGCAACAGCAAGCCAGGCCGGCACCCAAGGAGCAACAACAACAGAGUGGAGCUAGUACCCCGGCUGCUGCUGGGCAACAGGCGCUCGGAGGUCAUCCGGCCGGAAAGUACCCCCAGCUCGACGCUGCCAGGGCCGUCACCACCAACAUCUGUUUCGUCAAGUUGAACAACUGGCAAUCGCAGGAAACGACCCCUCCCGUGUCCGAGGCCGUCCUCGGUAACACGCUCGGCAAGUACGGCGAGAUCACCAAGAUCGAUUUCGUAAAGACCAAGGCUUGCGCUUUCGUCGAGUACAAGUCGGUAGAAUCCGCACGACGGGCCAUCAUCGCCUCGUUGAGGACGGUCGACGGAGGAGAGGGUGGGAUCAAGAUCCCGGCCGAGGGUGGUGGUUACCAAAAGAUCAUCGUCGAGAGCAGGAAGGAGAAGGAGGACCGGGGCAAGGGAGCCUUGCCUGUUGGAGCUGGAGGCGCACAGGGUCAGGGUGCCCAGGCCGGGCAGGGGCCUAGGAGGCAGGGUCAGCAGGGUCAGGGUCAAGGUCAGGGCGGACCGAGGGGCGGACAGGGUGCAGGUGGGCCGAGGGGAGGUGGACGAGGCGGACGGGGAGGACAGCAGGGCCAGGGUCAGAACAGGCAACAACCGCAACAACAACAGUAAGGGCUGGCAACACGCUCGCUUCGCUCGCACUCUUCUUUGCAUUCGGAAAUCAACUACGAUCACGAUCCCUUCUUUUCGAUUCUGAGCGAUCAGGAUGAAGGAAGAUGACGGAUAUAAAAACAACGCAAAAAUCCCCAAAAUAACGAACUCGCGCAUCUCCCCCUCUCUCCUUCCCUCCCUCUUGUCUCCUACCCCGCCGAUUUUCACCUCCCUUCCUUAAUCCCGACAUACCCCUUCCCUCUACCCUAUCCUGCCUCCCGCUGCUCUCUCUUCGCUGUACCCAACCUCGAUUCGCGGAUGAGGAGAAGAGUAUAUUCUUUAUGUUUUGUUCUUUAUGUAGAAAGGUGGAAGCUGGGGCAUAAAUUGAUGAAAUUGAUGACAUUCAGG